CAUUGAAUAUGAAAGAUAUAACGUUUUCAAGGACUUGCUACCCGAUUCUUGUGAUUCAGCGAAACAAAACAAACAUUAGGCUGUUUGAACUGUUUUCAGAGUCUUAACAAUCGCGAAAGAGAGAGAUUUUACCUCUUAAAGAGUAUGAGAACUCAACACCUCAAGUAAUUACCACCUAGAAUUGACAAAUAUUCACCGAAUCAUUACAGAAGGAAAAAGCAGAUCAAUUUGGAGGAGACAACAGUAUAUCAGGAUUUUAAAAAGUUAAUGAUCAAAAGGAUUCAGUGAAACACUGAGGCUGAAUUUGACUGAACGAAACGCAGCUUUGAGUCACACUCGCAAACACAUCUGCAACCGCGGAACUAAACCAUCAACUGCUUUCUGCUCUGCGUUACUGUUUCAAAGAAACCGAAUACCAUGUCCAGCGGAUUUUUUCACGUCACCUGCUUACUCUACUGCAUCGUCCUGACUUCUUUUACCAAAUGUGACAACACUACGUCCAAAAUCCCCUUAUACAUUGGUGGAUUUUUCGGGGUAAACAUUCAAGAAGGGGCUUGGAGCACAGCUGAAGUCAUUCCAUCUCUAGAAAUGGCACUGGAGCAUGUGAACAACGACCCAAGCAUUUUGGUGGACUAUCAGCUGAAAUAUGUGUGGAAUGAUUCUAAGUGUGAAAGUGGAUCCGGUAUCAAAGCUAUGCUUACGAUGAUCGACACUCCACCACACAAGAUUGUUUUCCUGGGUCCCGGAUGUUCUGUAGCAACAGUACCUGUUGCAGAAGCCGCUCCGUAUUGGCAGGCAGUGCAGAUUGGAUACAGUACAUCGUCGCCACAGUUCUCAGACAAGGAAAAGUUCCCUCUGUACUUUCGAACUAGUACCUCAGAAACAAUGGAAAACCCGACCAGAGUAGCACUUUUAGAGCAAUUCAAUUGGAAAAAGGUCGCCCUACUUGUGCAAAACUUGGAUAUUUUUGUAUGGACAAAAGAAGACCUCAUUCCAUUGUUAAACAAGUCGAACAUCUCCAUCAUUGCAACAGAAAGCUUCAAAUAUGAUCCAUCCUCAUCGGUCAAGUACUUAAUCAAGGAUAAAGAUGCAAGGAUUAUCAUUGGACUGAUGUACGAGGACAUGUUCAGAAAAGCUAUGUGCGCUGCCUACAAAGAUGGACUCUUUGGAAAGAAGUAUGUUUGGAUAAUAGUUGGAUGGUACUUGGAAGACUGGUGGACAAAAACAACAGAAAUGGGCAUGGAUUGCAGGGGAGAACAGCUCUUGGAGGCUGCAGCUAAUUUGAUUGAGACUUUUCCUCUUCAACUGAGUAGAUCAACAAGACCCACGAUAUCGAAUAGGACUGCACAGCAGUUGCAAGCUGAAUAUGAUGAAAGACGACGGCGCCUCAACUACACUUAUCACAUGUACGCAGGCUUCACGUAUGAUGCAGCAUGGAGCAUCGCUGUUAUGUUGAACAAAUCCAUACCUCGGUUACGAGCAAAAAAUAAAACACUGGAAACCGUCAAAUAUGGUGAUAAAGAAGUAGCUGAGAUCAUGACGGAUAUUUUGUUCCGUACAGACUUCUGGGGAAUGUCAGGUCGCGUGAAGUUUGAUGAAGAUGGAAACAGAGACACUCUUGUAGAAAUUUUUCAAAAUAAACGUGGUAAAAAGAAAAUUGUGGCCACUGUGGAUUCCCUUGGUAGGAAUCUGAGUCAAUACAAAGAUAAGUUUGAGUGGGAAGAGGGGAAAGUUCCACUGGACGGUGUCAGAAUCAAUGAAAAGCAUUUUAAAGAAAGUUUCAGCUUAACGUUGAUGUUCUUCCUGUUGGCAUUUAUUGGAGUACUGCUCUGUUUCUUUAGUUUACUUUUUAAUGUCACAUAUCGAAAGCAUCAGUUCAUUAAAAUGUCAUCUCCAAAGUUUAACGAUAUCACCGUCAUUGGAUGCCUGCUGUCCUACAUCGAAAUGUUCUUAUCAGCUUACGCUAACUCUGAUUAUACAGAACACGACAUUUCACUCUGCUAUAUUAGAAUCUGGCUGCUCUCUACCGGUUUCACUUUGGCAUUUGGUGGGAUUUUCGUCAAAACCUGGAGAGUUUAUAAAAUAUUUACAAACAACCAGAUGAGGAAAGAGCUUGGAAACUUAAGUAGCACUAGCCUCUUGUUGAGGCUAUGUGUUGCUUUGUUUGUAGACUUCAUUUUUUUAUCAACUUGGACAGCUAUUGAUCCAAUGACCAUGGAAACUGAGAAAAUCGAUAAUAAGGUUCCAAAUGAUGACUCCGACUUCAAAGAGCAGUUUGUGUUCCAUCAGUGCACCUCUUCUCACUAUAUGACCUGGUUGAUUUCAAUGAGCGGGCUGAAGGGGAUCAUGUUGAUUUUCGGUGUGUUUUUGGCCUGGGAAACAAGAAACGUGCAUUAUCCUUCGCUGAACGAUUCCAAGAACAUUGGCUUAGCAGUGUAUAACGUGUUCAUGUUUUCUUGCUUAGCAAUUGUGGCCGAGUUCGUGGUUUUUCCUCCCCUUAAGACUAUAGUUCAAAGAUCGAUCGUGUUCGUGGCGACCACUUCGACAAUUGCCCUGCUAUUUGUACCAAAGGUACUUUACCUGAGGAAAAAUACGGCAGUUUCCACGGCCGCCGUCCUGGAGACAAACAAUGUGGCAUUAGAAAAUCAAGGAGUGACGAAUACAUCGAACUCUGUAAAAAAAGCCAAAUAUUUAAAAACUUGUGCAAACUAAUGCUACGGUAAUUUCCGGAGACAUAGGUUUAUCGAAGCAAGCAUCAAACCUAAAGGAUCAAAAGCGAGUUGGAAUGAAAUAAGCCGACCUUUAAGAAGGCCGUUGCAGACCAUUAAUUAUCAACCAAAGCUUUUAAUCGAGUGUUCAAAUGCAAAACCUAAUGGAAGUUGCCUGGUUUGAGUUUAUGGACCAGUUUUAGUGAAAUCCUACUCGUGGAGGAAUUGAACUGCAAAGUCCCACUUAUAAAGCAAGUUUUAUUGGAUGCUAAACGGACUACCAGGUAGACACCCUAUGAAUUAGUUCCAGGUUAAAUCUAGGCCGGAUGGGAGGUUAUACCCAUCGCAGUUAAGCUUCGAAACUAACGGACAAGUGUGGCCGUUUGUCGCAGGGGAAGGUGAAACCAUAGGUUCUAAGGCAAUAGUGACGAAGCAGUCCAUUUUGCUAGUACACGUUACAGAUUACGCUAUGAAAGAGGGAAUGCUCCCAGCUCACAAAAUCAAGAGAAAUUGCCAUUGACAAAAGACCCUUAACACACACGAGGGUGCCUGGCUAAGAUAUGAACAUGUAGUUGCUAUGGAGACAUGAGACGUUCGUGCUCUAAUAUCAUUACUUAUUAAGUCGUCUAGAGAUUUAUAACCUUCCACCAAGAAUAAGCAGACCGCCUGACUGUAAUAUGUCACCACAGUACAGAAAAAUAAAAUUGUCCUCAGGAACCCACGCAGUUGCCUAAAGUCUUAUCUAGCAAGGAAUCAGCAGCAUAAAACCUAAAUGAAUUCAAGCGGAUAUUAAAUAAAUUUGACAUUAACAAAAUAAAUUUGACAUUAACAAAAUAAAUUUGACAUUAACAAAAUAAAUUUUGACUCCAGUAUUGUAGCCGUCAUUAAA